AUCGAUAAACCAAACCCUCAGAGAAGAGCUCAUAGCCUUCAAUGGAGGAGACGAUGGUGGUGAUCAUCGGAGCAGGUCCUUCCGGCUUAGCAACGGCGGCGUGCCUCACAACCCACUCCAUCCCCUACAUACUCUUGGAGCGCGACCCCUGCCUCGCCUCGCUGUGGCGCAAUCGCGCUUACGAUCGCGUCACGCUCCACCUCGCCAAGCAAUACUGCCAGCUCCCCCACGCCCCUUACCCGGCAUCAACCCCAACCUUCAUCCCUAAACAGCAUUUCAUCGAAUACCUUGAGGGCUAUGCCGCCAAGUUCCGGAUCCAGCCUAGAUAUGGGAUUGAGGUGGAAUCGGCGUGGUUUGAGGAAGGGGAAGGGAAGUGGAGAGUGGUGGCGAGGAGGGGAAAGGAAGGGGAGGUGGUGGAGUUGAAGGCGAGGUUCAUGGUGGUGGCGAGUGGGGAGAACGAUGAGGCGGUGGUGCCGGAGAUUGAGGGUUUGGAUGGGUUUGUUGGGGAUUUGGUUCACUCGAACCGGUACCGGUCGGGUUCGGUUUAUAAAGGGAAAUCGGUUCUGGUUGUCGGUGCUGGUAAUUCUGGGAUGGAGAUUGCUUUUGAUCUUUGCUCUUUUGGGGCUUUUCCUUCCAUUGUUGUCAGAAGCCCGGUGCAUGUGGUAUCAAAGGAGAUUUGGUUGUUUGGGAUGUUAUUAAUGAGAUAUUUAUCAUUAUCUCUAGUGGACAUUGUGGUCCUUAUUCUGUGUUAUUUGAAGUUUGGAGACACAUCUAGAUAUGGAAUUUGUAGGCCAAAUAAAGGACCUUUCUAUUUGAAGGCAAAUACUCCAACUUAUCCUGUUUUGGACACUGGUACAUUUACCAAGAUCAAAGCAGGAGAAAUUCAGGUCUUACCAUCUAUAGCAAAUAUAAAAGGAAACUCGGUAACAUUUGUGAAUGGAAAAAUACAUCAUUUUGAUGCCAUAAUUUUUGCAACCGGCUACCGAAGUUCAAUAAAAAAAUGGCUUAAGGGUGAUGAUCUUAUUGGUGAUGAUGGAAUGGCAAAAGAAAAGUUCCCAAAUCAUUGGAAAGGAAGAAAUGGACUUUAUUGUGCAGGGCUUGUGAGAAGAGGGAUUUAUGGAAGUGGAGAAGAUGCACUCAAUAUAGCUCAUGAUAUCAAUACCAUUCUAAUUAAAGAAUCAGCAACCUUCUAAUAAUUAUCUUUGGAUAAUGUUGCCCAAUAUAUGUGUUACUUUGUGUAACUUUUUUUAAAAAAUAAAUAUAGUUUGCCUUGUAAUGAAAAAAAACUAAAAUUAUAAUAAUAAAAAGAAAUGUCA